AUGUGGUCCCGACUUCCAAACCUUGUCACCGGCUUGGCCCUUGGGUUGGCUGCCUGGUCGAUGGGCGUGGAUGCUGUGACUUGCGGCGAGUUGAAGACCUUCUACAAGAACGAGCAGUGCUGCGGGCAGCCCACUCAAGAGGUCUCUGCUCCAGUGCCCGGAACCGCUGCCUGCCCGUACUCCUUCGCCAAGCCUGCUUGCUCCACUGCCGAACCUCAGACGCCGCGUGACCUGACGGCCGGCGCCGUCGGCUCAAUGACACCAAAGGCAGCCACCCUGACCGAUGAUCAGGCGAACUUCCUACCGCUGGUGAACGUGCACUUCCACCUGGGUGCAGAGCACAAGACCGAGGCCUACAGUGACGACACGGACUCGAUUGCCUACGAUGCCGCCUCGUCAGGCCGACGACUUGCCGGAAACGUCCGGCCUGGGUUCAUGUGCAGCAAGAGCUCUCUGAACGCCAAUCAGCUGGCGCCCUACAACUUCACGUACUGCAAGGGCGACGUGCAGGUCGGCAAGUCCUACGAGAUCCACUACGUGCACUCCUCUGCGGGCAUGGACAACAACGCCACGGAUGACAUGAACGCAGACUUGCUGGCAGAUGGCCUGGGAGGUGCUGCCAACGGCCGUGGCCUCCUCAACCCCAUGAUCGUGGUGCAAGGGCAGAUCUUCCAGAUCGUGAAUGGUGCCGCAACAGUCGAUGACAUGCUGCACGGCUGGACUGUGGUUGGCCACGACAACUCCGUCAUGUACCCCGGGAGCACUACCGGUCAGAGCCACGACAACGAGGUGUGCUCUCCUUACUCCAUCACCUGGCAUGUGGACAAGGAUUGCCAUCAGGUCUCGCCCGAGUCCUUUGACAAUCUGUGCAAGCAGAUGAGUGAGGCCUACGGGAUGUACGCUGACCUUUACCCGCACGGCUCGCGCAAGCUGGUAUCCUCCCAGUACGUGGUGAAAUCCGAGAAGAAUGUCAACCCCGAAGGGGUUGGUGCUUCAGCUGUGGAAGACAUAGUGGAGUCUGGAGGUGGAGUUCGAAAUUGUUUUACAAAGUGCUGUCGCAAGGCGGCCAGGCAACUGCGGAGCAUUGCCGGCUGCGACGCAGCACGAUUGGACUUGGGUAAUGACAAUCUGGGUUCGUGCCAGUCCACUAGCUCUGCCCUGAAGGAGUUGGGGAUGCAUGGAGAGACGGUCAACCACCCGCUUCUGCCGUCGCUCGACGAAAAGUCUCGUGGAACACAUCGAGAGCUCCAGGCCGUUGAGCAGCUUCUCUCAAAGUUGCUCCGCCCGACGCUGCAGCGGCUGCCGGAGAUGAAUUUGAAACAGGUCACGUCUUGCCUCACGACGCUGGCACCUCCCAUCAGGUCUCCCGAUGUUCUGACGGAAACUGACCGACAGCUCGUCCGCAACUCCGUCGCAGCGCUGUUUGCGCCCGAAGGAGCAUCUGCGAACGAGGAGAACUCGGUGGUCGAGGAAGGCUCCAUGUUUUUAGAGCCUUGGAUGAAGGACUACUGGAAUGCGGAGAUCCAGGGCUUGAGCACCCCAGAAAUCCUGGAGCUCGCCUGUGGCCUCCGUGAGGCUGGUCUGGGCCCUGGUUGGCCCUUGAACGCAAUCCUUGCCGAGACCGAUCGGCGCCUGGAGCCGCAGGGGAAGUUGAAGGGAAAGCAAAUAGAGCUCUCCCACUUCCUGCUGCUUCGACUCUGCCGCGCCAUGGACAUUUGGCAUCUGGGCUGA